GAAAUGGAAGAAUUCGUCCAGAGCUCAGGAGAAGAUGGUGUGGUGGUGUUUUCACUGGGGUCAAUGGUGAAAAACCUCACAGAUGAAAAGGCUAAUCUCAUUGCUUCAGCUCUCGCCCAGAUUCCACAGAAGGUUCUAUGGAGAUACAAGGGAAAGAUACCAACAUCUUUAGGAUCCAAUACUCGGCUCUUUGAUUGGAUACCCCAGAAUGAUCUUUUGGGGCACCCCAAAACCAAAGCCUUCAUCACUCACGGUGGAACUAAUGGGAUCUAUGAAGCCAUUUAUCACGGGAUCCCAAUGGUAGGAGUCCCCAUGUUUGCUGACCAACCUGACAACAUCGCUCACAUGAAGGCCAAAGGAGCAGCUGUGGAGGUGAACAUGAACACCAUGACCAGUGCAGACUUGCUCAGGGCCCUGAGGACAGUCAUCAAUGAUCCUUCUUAUAAAGAGAAUGCAAUGAGGUUAUCAAGAAUUCAUCAUGAUCAGCCAGUGAAGCCUCUGGAUCGAGCUGUCUUCUGGAUCGAGUUUGUCAUGCGCCACAAAGGAGCCAAGCACCUUCGGGUUGCAGCCCACGAUCUCACCUGGUUCCAGUACCACUCCCUGGAUGUGAUUGGGUUUCUGCUGGCCUGUGCCUCCGCUGCUAUAUUGUUGGUUGCAAAAUGUUGCUUCUUCUCUUUUCGAAAAAUUUGUAAGACAGGCAAGAAGAAAAAAAGAGAAUAG